AGUGGCUUUGUAAUUUUGAUCAAAAAGUUGUAAUAAAACAUAAUGGACAAUGUGUUUUAUUAUUAUUGGAUAAUUGUAGAAGUCAUAAAAUUGAAGGUUUAGAUCUUUUACAUGUUGAUGUUCAUUUUUUACCUCCAAAUACAACUUCAAGAAUGUAG